AUGAAGGCGCUCAGCGCGUACGACGGCAGCAACGAGGCGCUGCCUGUGUACAUCUCCAUUGACGGGGUGGUGUACGAUGUGUCGGCCAAUCGCAGAGUAUACGGCAAGGGGGGGAGAUACAAUAUGAUGGCUGGACGCGACGCCUCGCGCUCGUUCAUCACAGGCUGCUUCGAGACGCACCUCACGCACGACUUGCGCGGCCUGAGCGAGAAGGAGCUGGAGUCGCUCGAGACGUGGAAGAACUUUUUCAAGGACAGCCCCAAGUAUCCGCGUGUCGGCGUGGCGAAGCUUCCGCACAUCGACCCGGACUCGCCCAUUCCCGAGCCGUGCGACAACCCGAAGAGCGCGCAUAGCUGA